AUGGCCAACUCCCGUCCUUUACCUCCUUCAUCUUCAAUAUCAAGCGCCCACUGGGGCAGCCCUACUUUCCCGCUUCGUGUGUCAGUCAGCUCAAACCUCAGAGGCGCUUCAAUGGCUGCUUCAGUUGUACCGGACAAAUGGGAAUUCAGCUGUGAUUUGGAAGUGGAUUAUCAGUCCGACGAGAAUAGUUCAAUAGUCUUUGCUGCACUAGCUGUCGAUAAGGAGUUGCAGCCGGAUAAAGUAAAAAGGGAGAUGACGGUCUCAAAUGGAAAGCUUUCGGUGCAUUUUGAGGCAGUUGAAGCGAGAUUUCUUCGUGCGUCAUAUAGCGCUUUUGUUGACGUUCUUAUUCUUGCCACAAAAACGAUUGAAGAAUUCGGAAAAGGAAUGAAAUUGUGACAGAAAAACGACCUUGCAUUCUUUCCUAGUUAGCAGACUCUGGAUCUCACAUGGAAAGAGCUGCAACAUUGAUCAACCAUUGGUGUUUCUGAAUUUAUUUAUCUUUAUAGGCGGGGAUUCUCAUUCUAAUUUUGCUAUGUGGUUAUUGUUCUUUUUUCUUUUUUGGUCGCUGCCUAUUGCUUUCCGAAUGGGUUAGUCUUUCCUUGUCAUGAUGAGCUGCUUUUUUGGAAUAAACCUUCUUAGAAACAUGAACAGCUAUUAAUUGCAUAGUUUUUGUCUCUUAAGAAAUGAU